AUGAAGCCAACUUCUGACACGCGAAAGCCCUAUGGCGGCUCCUCGCGUGCACUAAUCAUCGCUCUCGACGUCGGAACCACUUUCAGUGGUGUAUCGUAUGCCCUACUUGAACCAGGCGAGAUCCCAAAAAUCCACGGUGUCACUCGUUUCCCUGGUCAAGAACAUGUAGCUGGCAAUUCCAAGAUUCCAUCCGUCAUGUAUUAUGAUAAGCAUGGCAGAGUCAUGGCUGCUGGCGCUGAGGCAGAUAACGCGUCCAUAAUAAGCCAAGCUGAGGAUGAGGAAUGGAUCAAAACGGAACUCUUCAAGCUUCGCCUCCGGCCGAAGAGUAUGAAAUUGAAAAUGAAUGGGAUGCGUCUGAGUCCGUUGCCACGGCACAAAACUUCCGUUGAUGUUUUUGGAGACUUCCUUGCCUAUCUCUUUCGCUGCACGAAGAGUUUUAUCAUAGACACACAUGCUAACGGCCAGACCCUGUGGCACCAUGUCGAAUCCAGCAUCGAGUUCGUGCUGAGUCACCCCAACGGCUGGGAAGGUGCUCAGCAGACGAAGAUGCGACGUGCUGCGGUGUAUGGGGGUUUGAUUCCUGAUACGGAUGAAGGUCGAGCUCGAAUCCGUUUCGUCACGGAAGGAGAAGCUAGUCUCCACGCGUGUGUCCAAAGCGGUCUUGCUGCUGAUGCGGCGGCACGCUUGAUAUCAGUUUCCUACGCAGUCCGAGGGACCAAUCCCCUGGUAAUCGAAGAGGUGGCUCCUCCCGAUUGUAAACUAUUCUUGGUUGCAUCAUACGCAAGGCAUCAUCAUCUCAUCUUGCGUGCAGAGAAGCUCAAAGGUUCUAAGUACGGCACCUCCGAUGCGAUUGACCACAUCACAAAACGCUUCGACGAGACCACUAAACGGUUAUUCCGAGACAAAAAGGAUUUACAAUUCGUUCCAUUCGGCUCUCCACUCGACAAAGAUCUCGCAGUCGGCAUCCGCGGAGGCCAGUUGAAACUCGAUGGUGCGCAGGUAGCAGAGUUCUUCGAGCCUUCUGUCCAGGCGGCGAUCACGUCGAUCAAAGCACAGGUUGACGCAUCCCAAGGGAUGAUCAAAUCCGUCUGGUUGGUGGGAGGAUUUGCGGCCAGCCCGUGGCUCUUUAGCCAAUUACAGGAACGCCUUGCACCACUGAAGAUUACUGUGAGCAGGCCUGACAGUCAGACUUCAAAAGCUGUGGCCGAUGGUGCACUUGGGUUCUACUGCGAUCACCAUGUUUCGGCCCGGAUGUCGAAAUUCAUGUAUGGGGUGGAGUACCUGCGUGAGUACGAUCCCAACGAUGCGGAGCACCAGUCUCGGAAAGAUCGACUUUGCGAGCUUCCUUCUGGUCCUCGGCUUCUGCCCGAUGCAUUUGACUGUAUCCUUGCUCGAUGUGUGAAGGUUAAGGAAUCCACGGUGUUCUCGCGGAAGUAUUGCACGGAACUUACCAAUCUGUCUACUCUUUCUGUAUUCGAGGUGGAGAUAUGGUGCUAUAGAGGUGGUGACACGAUUCCGCAGUGGAUCUUACGCCACGCAGAGGACUAUUCGACAUUGUGUGUAGUCCGUGCUGACCUGUCGCUUCUCAGCGGAAGUGCAGAGCCUAAACUAGGCAAGAACGGCAAGACAUACUGGACGAUCGUGUUCAGUGUUGAGAUUCACUUUGGUCUCACCGAGUUCAAAGCGCGGAUAAAGUGGAAUGACAACGUGAGUGAUUUCCCUGUAUUUGUCUUACGUGUGCUAAGUCGAUUGUAA